AUGGCAAACCAUAGAGCAGUCACAGAAAUUCCGCGUUUCCUCCUGCCGAGGAUCACUUGGUCGCAAGUUGUUGCCAAAGGUGCGACAUCGCAGCUGACUCCCAAGGUCCGCACGCAUGUCAAUAGACCUGCUCCUCCACCACUACAUCGACUACCGCAGAUACGCCCCCUUAAUAUAAUAUCUUCCCCCCAGCUGGCGCAUAUUACCCAUCAACGACCAGCCAAGUUUGAACGGCCAAGUGUUCAGCGGAUUCCUGUGCCAGCGAAUGCCCCCCCUAUACGUCACAAUGGCGUUUAUGUUGCAACAUUCAAACCUGCAAAGAGAGCCUUCUCAACCUCACGGUCACACCAGAAAGAUCAUCAUUUUGACACGCUCAAAUUCGUGCAAAGGCUGAAGGGUGAGGGCUUUAGCGAAGAACAGGCAGUUGCAAUGAUGCGAGUGCUGAACGAUGUGAUUGAGGAGAGCAUUCAGAAUUUGACCAGAACGAUGGUGCUGAAAGAGGAUGCUGAAAGAAGUGCAUACACACAGAAAGUGGAUUUUGCCAAAUUGCGAUCGGAGCUCAUGAAUUCCGACUCCACGGAGACACAGCUAACUCGAUCAUCACAUGAGCGUUUAAGCUCCGAUUUGGCAAAGUUGUCCAGCCGCUUACGCGACGAAAUCUCCCGGACACAGGCAUCUGUCAGACUCGAUCUCAAUCUGGAAAAGGGUCGUAUAAGAGAGGAAGCAAACGGCCAGGAGAUGCGGAUCAAGGAAACGGAAGCAAGAAUUGAGCAAGAAGUGGCUGGGUUGAGAGAACGGGUCGAGGCAGUGAAAUUCUCGACGCUCCAGUGGUUAAUGUGA